AUGACAGCUCUCCGGAACCCGAAGGGAACAACCAUUGCAUCGAGAAAGGGAAUGGAGAAAAUUAUCUACGACUUCUACUCUGAUCUCUUCCACAGCCAUGUCCACUUGCCUACUCACCAUCUGAGGGAAGACGGACAUGUCAUUCCAGAGGUACUCCCGUCCGAAAUACGACAUGCUAUCAUGUCGGUAAGGAAUCGUAGGGCACCUGGUCCCGACAGAAUAAAACCAGAACAACUGAAGAACCUUCCUAAACAGUGGAAGACCAGCAAGAUCGUGUUGCUGUAUAAAAAAGGAGAUCCACAUGACAUCGGCAACUAUCGCCCAAUCUGCUUACUGUCCGUCAUCUACAAGCUCUUCACAAGAGUAAUCCCUAAUAGGAUUGAAAAGGUCUUGGAUGAAGGACAGCCAUGCGGGUAA